AUGAAGUGUCGGUCUGCUCCAUCGCCCUCAAACGCUCACCCGGAGAAAGCUGAGGUGUGGACCCUCCGCGAGCGCAGCACAGCGUCCCCUAGAGGCUUCGUGCAGACGGACAGCCCCAACUUCCUGUGCAGCAGCCUUCCUCACCACUGGCGGUGCAACAAGACCCUGCCCAGGGCCUUCACCGUGCUGGCCCUGAGCGGGGACGUUCCGGAUGGCGUGCCGGUCACCGUGAUGGCCGGCAACGAGGACAACAGCAGCGCCGAGCUGCGUAACGCCACCGCCACCAUGAAGCAGGGACGCGCUCACUUCAGCGACCUGCGCUUCAUCGGCCGCAGCGGCAGAGGCAAGAGCUUCACCAUCAGCGUCAACGUGCUGACCACGCCCCCUCAGGUGGCCACGCUGCGCCGGGCCAUCAAGGUGACCGUGGACGGCCCGCGGCUACCCAGACGGCAGCGUCAGAAAGAGGCGGGAGCUUUUAGGUCGUCCAGGUGCGGCGAUGCAUUUUCAGAUUGCAGACCACUGUCCUCCUCCCUCUGGGCCGGCGAGGCGUCGUUGUUUGGUCACAUGACCGCCCUGACGUCUUCCUUCGCUCCCAAUCCCAGAAGGCACCACCUGUCGGGCCUCUCGUACGCUGCCCCGCCCCCAGUCUACACUUCCUACCUGCCCCCAGCUCCGCCCCCUCCACUCAGCCACUGUGGUCCGUUCUACUACGGCUCCAACCAACCCACCCAGACUGCGGAGGACGGCGCGGUCGCAUUGACUAAUUACAACGAAGGGGCGUGUCUUUCCCACAGAGGGGAGGAGCCUGUCUGGAGGCCUUAUUGA